GGUGACUUCGCCUGUCACACGCGAAAAAGGCCGUCAUACAUGUGAUCGGGUGAUAACAAUGAGGUAAAAUAUUCCCUGGAAGUUGAAGAGUUAGAGAAGAGUGUGCCAUGACUUGUCUAGGAACGUUGGUAUUUGCAGACAAACAUUCUCGACGAUUAUCAACUUUGGAUGAUUCAUCUAAGAAGCAAAAUGAUUCAUUGUCACUUGCAUAUGAAGAUCUUUUCAUCAUACCAUAUAAUAUUAUACAAGAUUUUAGUUUCACUGUACAACAUUUAGAUAUCAGUAAUAACAUGUUCAGUAGAAAUUUGCAGUUUUUAUUGGAGUUCGAUAAUUUGAAGUCUGUCAACUUAGAUCAUAAUAAAAUAGAUGACUUCACUGUAUUUCCAAACAUGCCAAACCUUGAGCUUCUCUGGUUGAAUCAUAACCAUAUAAAAAAUCUAUAUCCCUUUAUCAAGAAUCUUCAUAGAAGCGUACCAAACCUUAAAUACCUGUGCCUUAUGGGAAAUGUGGCAGCACCUAGUUAUCUUAAUGGUGGAGAUUUCUGUGAUUAUUUUCGAUACAGGUUGUAUGUGCUAUCUUGGUUCCCACAUUUGGUGCACUUGGACGACAGAACUGUAACCAAGCAACAACUAUUCCAAGCUAAGAAACUAUUUAAACAUUCAUUGCUUGAAAACUUUGUUAUGCCAGAAUACAUUAAGGAUCUGCAUAAUAUAGUAACUAUAUAUUCCAAGUCACCAAUGUUUGACAGACAAAGAGUACUGAAUGAAUCAAAUUUGAUUAUCUAAACGAUAUAG